AUGCAUUGAGGAAAUGGACUACGUCACCCAGCAGACCGUUUCUGUUAAAAGUGAUCCUUUCCAGUCCCAAGAAUGGAGUCCUUACUAAAGUCCCCAAUGAAACUAGCAGUUUUAGUGGCAUGGCUGUCCAGUUUGCUGGACCCUUGCAGAUUUUCCAACAUCUGUGAUACUUGCCAUAUAAAUGCAACUUGUAAAACAAUUAAUGGAUCCGAUGGCUGUUUCUGCAAAAAUGGAUUUACAGGUAAUGGGAGAACAGUUUGCAAAGAUGAUGAUGAAUGCAAAAAUGCAACCCAGUUCUGUGGAGAGUUGGCAAACUGCACAAACACUGCUGGGAGUUAUUUCUGUACAUGCAUGUCAGGUUACUCAUCACCUGAGGGGGAAGACUUUUUACCUAAUGAUGGUACCCAAUGUCAUGAUAUUGAUGAAUGCAUGGUGUCCAGCCCCUGUGGAGUCUUUGCAGAGUGCUACAACACAAAGGGAUCAUUUGACUGCUCUUGUAGAAAAGGCUACCUACCAUCCACAGGGAAGCUAUUCUUUCACCCAACAGAUGGUACUAUGUGUACAGAAAACCCUAAGAAAAACUGCCAUUUGAACAGCACAUGUGUAUCAGAGACCAUUAACAAAACACUUGAGCUGAUCAGCAGCAUUAAAGAACCACUGUAUCUGCUGGAAGAGAUAAGGAAACAGACUUCAGGGGAGCUGUCACCUGUUGAUAUGAUUUCCUAUGUUGAGGUCCUAUCACAGUCAGUGUCGUCAUUAAGUGUUAUGAAUGACACUGUCACUGACAAGGAUGCUCUUACCAAUACUACCAUCAAAACAUUUGUAAACACUGUAAACAACCUUGUCGAAAAGGAUGAACUUGAGGUUUGGAAUCAGCUAGAUCAGGAAGACAGGAAGAAAAGUGUUACAAAGCUGCUUCACACUGUGGAACAGGCGACUCUGAGCAUUUCUCACAACUUCCAGAAGAACACACAGAUGGAAGUCAAUGCAAGUGACAUAGAUCUUAAACUAUACACCUUUGAUUCACACCAAAUAAACCAUGUUCAUCCACAUGCUUAUAUAGAAGGGGAUGUUAUAAGGAUUAUACCAAAACAAAACAAAACAGUUGGUUCUAAUGGUAGCGUUGCUAUUGUUUUUCUCCGCUACGAUAGCAUUGGUUUUCUCCUUAAACCAAAUGACAUCUCUGAAGAAAUGGAUGACUUCACUCUAAACUCACAGGUUAUAGCAGGCGCUAUAAACACAAUCCCUCCCAAAAUCUACCAGCUUGACCGAGUAACUUUUACUCUUAAACAUGUGAGGCCAGUGAGUCAAGACAUUGAAACAAAGUGUGCCUUUUGGAGGUACUCUGUAGACAAUAUGAAGGGUCAUUGGUCCACAGAAGGCUGUGAACGCACUCACUUCAAUACUUCCCAUACUGGAUGCAAGUGUAAUCACCUGACGCAUUUUGCCAUUCUUAUGUCAUCAGGGGAGUCUGAUUUGAAGGCUCACUACAACAUCCUUACAAGAAUCACUCAGCUGGGAAUAAUAAUAUCUCUGAUCUGUCUGUCUAUGUGCAUAUUUACAUUUUGGUUCUUCGGUGAAAUUCAGAGCACCAGGACCACAAUUCACAAAAAUCUAUGCUGCAGUCUGUUCUUGGCUGAAUUCAUAUUUCUGGUUGGAAUAAAUAUGAACAGUAAUAAACUUCUCUGUUCCAUCAUUGCUGGACUGUUACAUUAUUUCUUCCUAUCUGCUUUUGCCUGGAUGUGUAUUGAGGGGAUCCAUCUUUACCUGAUUGUCGUUGGGGUUAUAUAUAAAAAAGGUUUCCUGCACCGAAACUUUUACAUUUUUGGCUAUGGGAGUCCUGCGGUGGUGGUUACAUUUUCUGUAACCAUGGGUUACAAAUAUUAUGGCACCAAUAAUGUGUGUUGGCUAAGCACAGAGAACAACUUUAUAUGGUGUUUUAUAGGACCAGCAUGCUUAAUUAUCCUGGUUAAUCUGUUGGCGUUUGGAGUGAUUAUUUACAAAGUAUUUCGCCAUACAGCUGUGAAAAAAACUGAAGUUAGUUGCUAUGAAAAUAUAAGGUCCUGUGCACGUGGCGCCCUGGCCCUUCUCUUUCUUCUCGGUGCUACCUGGACGUUUGGCGUCCUGCAUGUUGUCCACGACUCAGCGAUUACGGCUUAUCUCUUCACAAUCUCAAAUGCAUUUCAAGGGAUGUUCAUCUUUAUAUUUCUCUGUGUGUUAUCCAGAAAGAUCCAAGAAGAAUACUACCGAUUGUUUAAAAAUGUGCCUUGCUGUUUUGAGUGCCUUAGAUAAAAAAAAAGAACAAAAAAAUAAAAUAAAAAAAAAGCAAUGGAAACUACUGUACAUGGAAAGAUCGCUCAUUGUGUUGGAUUAAAUCAAGGACUUGGACAACAAUAUGGAUGUUGUAAUGCUUAAGGCUGUCAGAGUGCUGCAAUCCCCAUUCAUUUUAUUCUUUACUAUUUCCACGGUAUGGUGUAACACGAAACUUUGCAGACUUUAAUUUAAGGGGGAGACAUACUGGAACUAAAUAUUUUCAGACUGAUUACUUUUAAAGUUAGCAUUAUGUCAUUAUGUAGCAAAGAUUAUAUCGUAAUGAUCAGGCAACUGUUGUGUUGGUUCCUAUUAAUUUAAUUUAAAUUAAAUCUGCGGUGCAACAUAACUAGUAUUUGAAUUAGAUCGUUUGGUUUGUUUGAAAAUAACUGAAACCACCGUAUAGUUUGAUAUCUGUAAAUAUGCCUGCUGUUUCAUCACAUAAUCAUUCAGAAUUGCAGAUUUACACUGGUUUCAAUGAAAAGCUGGGCAGUGAUAUCAGAAUAAAAAGAGUAAACUUCUGACACAGAGACGUAUUUAUCAUCAUAUUUGUAAUAACUAUUAUCCCUACUUUUAUACAACUUUAUGUGACAGGUACUAGUACUGUGUAUGGCUUAUACUGUCCAUAUGUUUGAGUAGUGUUUUCUGUCACAUUACAGCAUGUUUAAUUCAAUUAAGUUUGGCUUGGCUACUGAAGGUAUAAUUCUCUGUUUUGGAAUUUAGCAUUGGCUUGUUAUCCCAAUGUGUAUUUUCUGCAUGGUCGACUUUAAAUUGGUUUCAAGGGUUUAAGUACUUACCGAAGCAGUGGUGUAGUCAAGGGUAUACGCAGGUAAACGGGGUUUACCCACUUUGAGUUUGGGAAAUAUUUCGUUUACCAACUUCUCAUAAAAGGUAUACAGAGUUUACUCACUUCUACUCUACUGUGAUAUGCAAAUCCUGGGUUAAAGACAAUAUACAGUAUUUUAACAUCAAGCGUCUGUGUUGUGUUCAGAGAAUGUGGACGGAGCGAAGCGGUGACAGUUCUGCUCACUUGCCGAUUGCAGAUGAAAAGAUGUAAUGUACAUUCAGAAAGGAAUACUAAUACUAAAAGUAAAAUAUAUAUAUAUAUAUCCCCAGCUAUUACCAGCAAAGAAAAAAGCCAACAUAAAGUGCUCAGAGAAGUUAUCUAAUUGAAUUCAAAGACGCUUUCUCAUUAUUAUUGUUUGAUAAUGAAAAAAUGCGUACAUUUCAAACUUUGCAUAUGAUUCGUAUCAAAUUAGCUUUAUACUGUUUGUAUCCAAAUAUCUCAUAGAGAGCUCAAAGCAACUCACUUUGUAGACAUUUUGUUCUUUUUUACGUUUUAAGCCAGUGUUUUUUAAAUUGAAUGUAAAACAUCGAAUUUUAAGGCAGAAACCCCCUCGAUUUGUUAAAAACCAAUUAGUUUACAUGAAGACAUUCUAAUAGUAUUAAUAUGUUUCCAGCCGCACUGCUCUGAUCCUCUUUAAACAUGUUAAUCAUGUUUUAUUUUGUGUUUUAAAUUCUAUCUGGCCUGACAUGCAGCAAUAAUAUUUAUUCAGUUGUAUGUAUGCUAUUAGUGUGUAGGCUAUAUUGUGGUCAUUCUGAGGACUUGAAAGAACUGAGUGCCUUUGCUAUUGUAUUGUGCUUGACUGUGCCUGUCAAAGGAUAACAGCGUGCCAUCCUGAGAUGUCCUGCAGUGUGUUGAUGCCAUACUUUCUAUUUUGUGGAUGAAAUAUCCUUGUUCUCCUGUUUUAAAUUAUUGUCUAAUCCUAAAAAAAUGUAAACAUUAUACCAGACAUUUAGUGUAUGCAAAAUACAAUGUAUUUUAAAUGUUUAAACAAUUUUUGUGGGGACCAGGAGAUGUGAAUAGUCAGAUUAUUUUCCCAAAUGGUUUCCUGUGGUGGGUACAUCCCGCAUUAACAUUUUUUUAAAUGCAGUAUUGCACCAAUAGCCUUGCAGUCAAAUAAUAUUUCUCAAGAACAGGCAAGGAUAGCCCCCCUAGUUUAAAGAGUGAGAGUCUCUUUUCCUUUAUUCUGGGCUGGGAACCUUCCAUAGAAAAUUAACCCAACAGUGACAGCAUAUGCUCCACUAUUAAUUCUAAUUAUUAUACUGAUUAUUGGUAGUCUAAAACUUAGUUCAAAUCUCCACAUAAUAUAAUUAUUUAAAUGCAAAUAAAGAUUUUACCAUCCAACUAACAGCAUGAUUUUUCAUGGACCUGGCUCCCCAAAUAAUAUCUAUAGAUUAAUGUCUUCAUCCUUUUAGGUGUAAAAUUGACUUCACUGGCCCUGAACCUCACUGGGGCCUGGGGUCACAAAACCCCUUGCGGGGAGGAAAAUGUGCACCAUUGCUCAGCAUUGGUUAAACCAGGGGUGUCAAACUCAGUUCCUGGAGGGCCGCAGUGUCUUCUGGUUUUCGUUCCACUGGAGCUCUCAAUUACUUAAUUGGUCUAAUUAUUUGAUUAUUAUUAUUGGACACAUUUAACACUGCUCUCCAGGUCUCAAAGUGUUUCAUAGGUCGUGUACCUUGAAUCAAGUGCAUUUAAAUCAUCAACUGUAAAAGAGCUUGAAAAAUAUGAAAUAUUUCCAAUUUAACAAAUAAUUAGAUCAAUUAUGUUAAUUGAGAGCUUAAGUUGGAAUGAAAACCAGAAGACCCUGCGGCCCUCGAAGACUGGAGUUUGACACCCCUGGGUUAAACCUAUAGAGUCCACUUACUAUUUUCUGUAGGAGUCUAACCCUGAUCAUAAUGAAUUAUAAAGUGCCAUGUCAAUCAUAUUGAAUAUAAAAGAAAAAUAAAAGCAUUUUAAAAAAAUCCAAUUCUCAAGUCUGCAAAACAUAAAAGUGCCUAAUUGUGGUUUGAAACUGGAAAAUGAGUGGUCACCAUGCACAGGCAUGAUGGGAAAUGCUGUAAAGUGACUACAUCUGUAUUAGUCACCUUUUUUAACAUAUAUUUAACAAAAAUAAAACCGCUCCAUAUACAAUUGGCUCACUCCGCUUCGCUCACACUCUGUGGGUGUUCCUGCGCGUGAGAUUGACAGCUGAGACCUCAGUCAGAACUGUGGCGCGAGCAGGGGGGCGUGACUACUGCAUGUUCUCUUUGUGUGUGUGUAUAUUCUGUGAUUGGUUGUUUAUGUUCUGUUAAUGUUUGUUGUUAGGCACGCUGGACCUGCAUGCCUAACAACAAAGAGCCUUAUUUUUAUUCUUUGAAGAGUUCCAUCUGUGUCUACUCUGAGGCGUUCCUGUAUCUGGUAGCUUCACCAGCCUAUGUAUCAUGCUGGUUUUCAUUUCAAUAUUAUUCACCUCUUGUAUCGCUGACUUUUAAAUCAAUCAAAUACACCACAGCAUUUUCUGAGAUGUUAUUGAAUAGUAGAUAGUGUUUUCUGUAGUAGACUUUUUUAUGCCAGUUUUGAAUACUGUUUGUCUCAAAAGUAAUAUUAUAAAAUGUAAUAUAAAAUGCAGAUACCAUGUACAAAACCUGUAUUCCUCAUGGUUAUAUAUUGUAAAUAAUUAUCUGUUUCACCUAAAAGCUCAAAUGCCUUUGUUUUGUACUUUACUGUUUUAAAUAUGGGUAGUAGCAUGGUAACACACAUGUUUGUAAGAGGAAGCAUAAUACCUUUUAGUGUCUGUGAACAUUUCAGGCUUAAUGAUUGUAUGUACUAUCAUGUAAAUAAAACAAAUUGAUUGUUAA